CUCCCCAACAAAGGAGCCCUUUGUGAUGUCAAGGCCCCAGCUCUGUGACACAGGCCUGGGCCCCAGUCCCUAGUCUCCACUGGGAUGCCCAGAGCUCAGUUGCUUGAAAGCAAUGCGCCUAUUCACAUGGAGAAUCUUCCCUUUCCUUUAAAAUUACUUAGCGCCUCAUCGCUGAACGCCCCCAGCCCCACACCAUGGGUGUUGGAUAUCCUCCUCACCUUGGUGUUUGCCCUGGGGUUAUUCUUUCUGUUACUCCCCUACUUCUCUUACCUCCGUUGUGACGACCCCCCCCUCACGAUUGCCUGGGAAGAGAAAGCCGGUCCCAGCUCCUCGCGGUUUCUUGUCUCCCAGCGUCAUCGUGUCUCCCGGUGUCCAGUACGGUGGAGGGGGAGGCCCAGAGGCAGGAUGAAAAACCACAGUCUGAGAGCUUGUAGAGAGUGCCCGAGAGGCCUGGAGGAGACUUGGGACCUGCUUUCACACCUGCAGAGCCUCCUGGGUCCAUACCUUGACAAAGGUGGCCUUUCUCAGCUCUCCGGUCCAGACCUCCCAGGUGAGGUGGGCAGAAGAGCACCUGAUGGAGCCUCCCCGUCCUCUCAUGAGCCUAUGGAAGAUGCUGCUCCCAUUCUCUCCCCGGUAGCUUCCCCGGAUCCUCGAGCCAAGCAUCUUCAGGAUCUGGCCUCCACCCCAUCACCAGGCCCAAGGACCACCUCAGUCUCCUCCCUAAGUGCCUCCCAGCCACCAGAACCUUCCCUUCCCCUAGAACAGCCCUCACCCGAGCCACCUGCACUUUUCCCUCACCCACCACACACGCCUGAUCCUCUGGCCUGCUCUCCGCCUCCUCUGAAAGGUUUCCCUGCUCCCCCACUGCGGGGCUCCACACUGAUGACUCCAUCCCCUGAGGCAGCACUUCCACUGGGCACCGUCCCUCAAAGCUUGUCUCCACAUGGAGAUUUGGCAGCUUCUGUCCCAGCCAUCGCAGGCCUUGACGGCUCAGUCAGUCGUGUUUCUGCCUCCUCCUGGUGGCAGGAGACAACCAGAACCUGGUGCGCCUUCAACUCAUCAGUCCAGAAAGAUCAUCUUUCCCUUCAAACGGAUACUACACUGUCCCCACUGCUUUUCCAGGCCCAGCCCCUGUCCCAUCUGGGGCCCGAGCCCCAACCCUUUAUUUCAUCCACACCCCAAUUCCGGCCCACACCUAUGGCUCAGGCUGAGGCUCAGGCCCAUCUUCAAUCCUCUUUCCCAGUCCUAUCUCCUGCUUUUCCAUCCCUGAUUAAGAACACUGGAGUAGCUUGCCCUGCAUCACAGAACAAAGUGCAAGCUCUCUCCCUACCUGAAACUCAGCACCCUGAAUGGCCUUUGGUGAGGAAACAACUAGAAGGUGGGUUGGCUUUACCCUCUAGGGUCCAAAAAUCUCAGGACAUCUGUAGUGUCCCCACUCCUAACCUUCCUCAGGAAAGCUUGACAUCCAUUCUGCCUGAGAACUUUCCAGUCAGUCCUGAACUCCAGAGACAACUGGAGCAACACAUAAAAAAGUGGAUCAUCAGACACUGGGGCAACCUGGGAAGGAUCCAAGAGUCUCCGGAUCUGAUGCAGCUUGGGGACGAAUCGCCAGGGACAAGUCAGGCCAAGGGCAAACCCAGGCCCUGGCAGUCCUCCAUGUCCACAGGCGAAAGCAGCAAGGGGGCACAGAAGGUGAAGUUCCAGCUAGAGAAGGACCCGUGCCCACAUCUGGGGCAAAUUCUGAGGCAGACCCCGCAAAAUCUAUCCAGGGGCAUGGAAAGCUUCCCAGGGAAGGUUCUGAGGGACACCUCUGAGGAGUCGGAAAGGAUCUUGAGGAAGCCCUUGAGUAGUGACUCGGGAAGUGAUUUACUAAGAUGCACAGAGAGGAAUCGUAUAGAAAACCUCCUGAAAGCCCACAUAGGCAGAAGGUUGAGCCAGACCAACGAGGGCUUGGUCCCCCUGACUGUGCAUCGAUCCUGGCUUGCUGCCAACCAGGCUUUUCCCGUGCCCAACACCCACGUGAAAACCAGCAAUCUAGCAGCCCCGGAAAGUGGGAAAGCCUGUGUGAACACAGCCCAGGUGCUUUCCUUCCUCGAGCCGUGUGCUCAGCAGGUGCUGGGAGCCCACAUUGUGAGGUUAUGGGCCAAACACAGGUGGGGUCUACCCCUCACAGUCCUCAAGCCCAUUCAGUGCUUUAAACUGGAAAAGGUUUCAUCCUUGUCCCUUACACAGCUUGCCAAUCCCUCCUCAGCCACCUGUGAAUCUGGGACUGGCUCAAAAGUUGAGGUGGCCACGUCCCUUAGAAAGCCACCAAUGGCAAGUCUGAGAAAGCAGGUGCUGACCAAAGCAUCUGUUCACACGCCAGAGAGUCUUCUGGCCUCCUCACCUGCAGGUGAGCAGUUCCAGAUGGCCCCACAAGGGAUGCCAUCUUGGAAUGGUCAUGGGCCCUUGAAGGCUCCUUCAGCUGGACAGGAGGGCAGGUGGCCAUCUAAGCCCCUCACAUACAGCCUCACAGGCAGCACCCAGCAGAGCAGGAGCUUAGGAGCCCAAUCUUCAAAGGCUGGAGAGACCAGGGAGGCAGUGCCACAACCCAGAGUCCCCUUGGGAACCUGUAUGCUGGCAAACCUCCAAGCCACAAGUGAGGAUGUGCGUGGUUUUGAGGCUCCAGGGACCAGCAAAAGCUCUCUACUCCCUACAGUGUCUGUCUCCCAAGAUCCAAGAAAGCUGUGCCUUAGGGAGGAGGUUGUUAGUGAAUUUGAGCCUGGAAUGGCCACGAAGUCAGAGACUCAGCCUCAAGUUUCUGCCACUGUUGUGCUCCUUCCAGAUGGGCAAGCAUCUGUUCUGCCCCAUGCUUCAGAGAAUUUGGCUUCUCAGGUGCCCCAGGGCCAUCUCCAGAGCAUGCCUACUGGGAACAUGGGGGCUUCCCUGGAGCUACGUGACUUCACGGCAGCCAGAAGGAGCAACAGCAACCUGGGGCACAAGGAGGUCAAGAACCCAAACUGUCAAGGCUCAUGCGAGAGCCAAAGGCCGAUGUUUCCCUCUACUCACAAGAAUGAGAACUCUAGGAAGCCCUACGAGGGCUUAGAAAAACAUGAAAACUUAGAAAAACAUGAAGAGAGGCUUGAAGGAUUGAGGACUCCUCAAGUUACCCCAGUCAGGAAAACAGAAGACACCCAUCAGGAUGAAGGCAUCCAGCUACUGCCAUCAAAGAAACAGCCUCCUUCAGUAAGCCACUUUGGAGAAAACAUCAACCAAUUUUUUCAGUGGGCUUUUUCAAAGAAAAAAUGUAAGCCAGCACCAGUCACUGCUGAGAGUCAAAAAACAGUAAAAAAGAGAUCACGUGUGUACAGCAGCAGUGCUGAAGCUCAGGAGCUCAUGACAGCAGUUGGACACAUACUGGAGGAGAAAAUGUCACUUUGCCAUGCGCACCAUGCCUCGAAGGUAAAUCAGCACAAACGGGAGUUUCAAGCCCCCGUCUGUGGGGUUCCCUGCAACCACAGGCACCUCUUCCACUCAGAACACAGCAGAAUACUGAGCUAUGCAGCCAGCAAUCAACAAGCCACUCUCAAGAGCCAGGGUUGUCUCAACAGAGAGAGGCAAAUCAGAGAUCAGCAGCCCUUGAAAAGUGUCCGGUGCAACAAUGAACAAUGGGGCCUGUGACAUCCCCAACUCUUGCUCCCCAAGAAAGCUGUAUCCCCAGUCAGUCCCCCUCAGCACUGGCCAAAGACACCCAGUGCCUCCAGCCACCAUCACCACUGUCCAAAGCACUGUCUUCUUUGGGAAGGUAUCUGAUUUUGUCAGUCACAAAUUCUUUUUUAGCCUUCCCUAGAGAAAAACAAGUCCCUAAGAAAAAAUUCACUCUGUAGAGAAAAAAUAUUUUCUCAUGUUAGUACAUGCAGAACAUUUAAUAUUCCACAAUAUAUAUG